CUUUAUGUUAGCAUUCACAAAAAGAAUAUCCACAAGACAGUUUUCUACAAGUCGAGCAAUCCUUGCUAAAAAGAAAGCCAGUAAAAAGGAACCUGUUGAGAAGCCUAUUUUAGGCAGACCUUCAAACAACCUUCGUAUGGGUGUUGUAGGUUUACCGAAUAUUGGUAAAUCUUCCUUAUUCAAUGCAUUAACAAACAGCAGUGUACCUGCAGAAAAUUACCCUUUUUGUACAAUUGACCCCUCAGAAGCACGGGUUCAAGUGCCUGAUGAAAGAUUUGACUGGCUUGUUGAGACAUAUCAGCCCAAGAAAGUGACACCUGCUCAUUUAACUGUAGUAGACAUUGCUGGUCUUGUACGAGGUGCUUCUCAUGGCGCUGGUCUAGGCAAUGCGUUCUUAUCCAACGUAGCCUCUGUAGAUGCUAUUUAUCACCUUGUUAGAGCCUUUGAGAAUGACGACAUUACACAUGUAGAAAACACUAUUAACCCAGUGCGCGAUUUGGAAAUCAUUCAGAACGAAUUGAGAAUCAAAGACGAAGAAAUGCUUGAACGUCAAAUCACCGAAUUAACCAAACAAGCCAAAUUCCCAGAUACAAACAAGACACUGACGAAAAAAGAAGAACUCAAAAUUGUCGAGGGAUUAGCAGAAUUCAUGGCUAAAGGAAAAGACAUGCGCAAAGGAGAUUGGACAGCCACUGAAAUACAUGUGAUUAAUGGACUUCAUCUCUUGACAGCUAAACCCAUGGUUUAUCUCUGUAACACAACCCAAGAUGAUUAUAUCAGCCAGACAAACCAGUGGUUGCCUGAUAUUAAGAAAUGGGUUGAGGAGAACAAUAAAGGAGAUCUUGUGAUUCCCUUGUCUGUUUCGCUUGAGUCCAAGUUGGCAGGUAUGUCAAAGGAAGAGGCUGACGAUUGUCUAAAGGCAUUGGGUGUUCAAUCUCAAUUGCCCAAGAUUAUCUUGGCUGGUUACAAGGCUUUGGAUUUAAUUCACUAUUUUACUUGUGGACCACAAGAAGUGAGGGCUUGGACAGUCAGAAACACAUCAAGGGCACCGCAAGCAGCAGGUGUUAUUCAUACUGAUUUUGAAAGAGGUUUCAUUUCAGCUGAUAUCAUGAAAUACAAAGACCUGCGACAACUUGAGUCAGAAAAUGCAGUAAAAUCAGCAGGAAAGUACCUUCAAAAGGGCAAAGAUUAUGUGAUGGAAGAUGGUGAUAUUGCACAUUUUAAGUUUAAUGUAACCAACAAGAAGAAAUAAAGGAGAUAUGUAUGUAAACAAAUAAGGUUACACAGCACACAACCCAACCACACUCAAUACACACACACACAUAGACAUAUUUUUUAUUAAAAUAAUAAUUCCUUUUUCUCUCUCUCUCUCUCUCUCUCUCUCUCUCU